AGGAAGCAUUACGAGUAACAUGACAAACUUAAAAUACCUAUAACAACUGAUCAUGAAAUACUCCUUCAAAUGACUCGUACUUCUUUACGUACAAAAUUAUCUCUUGAAAAUGCUGACAUUCUCACUGAUGUUCGUAUUUUUUAUUCUUUCAUCACACAAAUUAUUUGUUUUCAAAAAAAUAGAUUCUUGUUGAUGCUAUAUUAGCUCUGAAUCAACCAGAUCAACCAAAUGAUUUAAACAUGGUUGAAAUUAUGGAGAUCCAACAUCGAACUGAAGGUGAUUCAUGUCUUGUACGCGGUAUUGUUCAUGAUUAUGGUGUUCGUCAUCCAUCGAUGUCUAAAGCACUUAAAAAUGCUUAUAUAUUAACUUGUAAUAUUUCAAUGGAAUACGAAAAAACUUCUAUUGACAAUUUAACAAAAGAAUGUCUUGGUUUUGUCGAAGAUGUUUAUGAACAUGUUUUGGGUGAAGGAAAAUAUACAUUUGUUCAAGGUUGGAAAGAUUCCAGAUCAGCUACAAAGGUUCAACAAUAUAUAUAUUAA